AUGAAUGAGUUUUAUGCAGAGACUCUCUGCCAGAGAGCUGUGUGUGUUGUGGUGUUUCGUGUCGUGGCACAUAAAUUAAAAUCCAAGGCAUUCCUUGCUAAAUUGCCAAUAAUAAUAUUUAAUCUUGAUGUGUGAGGCUCUCGUCACCAGGACCAAUAACUCUGCAUAAAAAUGAUGCAAUUUAUGCUGUUGUUCAGCCGUCAGGGCAAACUGAGGUUGCAGAAGUGGUACGUUGCACAUCCGGACAAGCUCAAGAAAAAGAUAACCCGUGAGCUGAUAACGACAAUCCUUGCCAGAAAGCCAAAGAUGUCGAGCUUCCUCGAGUGGAAGGACGUCAAGGUUGUGUACAAGAGGUAUGCGAGUUUAUACUUUUGUUGUGCUAUUGAGCAAAAUGACAAUGAGUUGUUGACACUUGAGAUCAUUCAUCGUUACGUCGAGUUGCUUGACAAAUAUUUCGGCAGUGUUUGUGAAUUAGACAUUAUUUUCAACUUUGAGAAAGCAUAUUUCAUACUCGAUGAAUUGCUUGUUGGAGGCGAGAUACAAGAGACCAGCAAAAAAAAUGUUCUCAAAGCAAUUGCUGCACAGGAUCUAUUGCAGGAGGAGGAAACACCGCAGGGCUUCUUCGAGGAUCAUGGGCUCGGAUAAAUCGGGCCAGCAACAAACUCUCGGCACUGCUCUUUGCUUUUUUUCUCCCUCCAAUCGAUUACCGGUUUUUAGGAAUCGGUGUCGAUACAAAUUAUUCUUUACGCCAAGAGAGAAGAUGAGGGAUGAAGGAAGAUGGAGAAGAAAAAAAAGGGCAGAUAACUUUUCUUUCCGACAAGACUUUGAAAGCAGCGGUAUUUCGUACUCCUAUUUUUUCGUAGUAUAAUUAAAAGCAUGUGGUGUGAUUACAGAUGCUUUUUUGUGUAAGAGCAGAUGAGCGAAAAAAAAAAACAAAAACAAAAAAACACGUUUUAGAGCGAUUGAUCUUUUUCGGAUGAUCUUUGGUAUUUUGUUUGAAGUAAUUAAGGGGUGCUAUGAAAAAUCGCUUGGAAGUAUUAAAAAAUUCAACAGCAAGGAAGUGAAUUUGCUGACGUGAUUUUAAGUUAUUAAACUAAUAAGUGUACUUAAUAUUACCGCUCAUUUACUGAAAAAUCAUCAAAAAAUUAGUUUAUUCCGUUUUUGAAACUGUACUAACGCAACAACCUAACUAACGAAUUUUUACAGUGAUAUUUUCAAAUGGUAUUUACUUAUUGUAUGAAUCAGUAUAAUAGUAACAUGUUUAGCGUUAUUGAUCGACUGAAAAAAUUUUGCCUUCAAACGCAAAAAUAUAUAUACAUCUAAAGCACCUGUAAUAGCAGCACCUAUUGACCUAUUAUUUAUUAAGUUUUAUUAAUGGACACCUAAGAUUAUUCUUUAAGUUUAUAUACAUGUUUAAAAACCUACUAGCUAUUUCGUUGACAAGAAAAAAUAAACAAAAGGUUUAAAAACACUGUAGUAUCCUUGUUUAAGGGUGUAUCCUAAAAUGCUUAUUGCACUUAAUAUGAUAUAGAGCACCGAAUAAUUUCGAACCCCACAAGUGCUCCAAAGCUUACACUCAUUCGUAGCCUGUCAGCAAUACAAACUUAUACCCAUACUUAUAUGUAUAUACG